CAAGCAAUCUCACGCAUCGGCCGCACCGGCUUAUUCGACCAAGGAAGGUGAUUGGAGCAUCCCAGUGUAGCUUGGAUGCUGUGCUCUAGCCAUCGGUCCCGUCUAGGAGACGUCUGGGAAAGAAAUGGUCGGCGUGGCGGACCGGCUACCAGCGAGACUUGGCGCACAAAGGUUGAAGACAGUAUCUGCAGGGGAAUUCACCCCAUGAGAGACGAGUCCCUGCUUCCACAAACGACCCCAGGACAGGGCUGUGAUGUUGAAAUCCCCAUAAGAGGACGGGUCUUUUUCUAUCAAGCAUGCGACACCCCAGGCCUGGUCAAUGGCCGCAGCUGGGCGUUCGCUGCGUGUGUUGAGCCAGGAGAAGAGAAAAAUUUCCCUGUGAUUUACAGUGGUGGUGUCUUCGGUGUUGGUGGGGCGACACGGCUCGGUGGAGGAGAGUCGGACACUCUCUUCCUGGAGCUAUUAUUACCAGUCGGGUCCGACAUGGCUAGUUCGGUUGGCGGUGGGCUUUAUGAUGUCGUUUCGCAGAGGUCCGUCAAGAGUGACAUGUUCGACGCCGGAAAACCGCAAGGAGGUCGAAAUCCGUCAUAUGCGAUGCGUACCGGAGGCGAGUUGUCCUACGGACUCGGGGAACGAAGUAAUCGAGGUCAUUUAUUACAGGAGAUCCGAGAAGCAUUGGGGUAUUGGAUGCUAACUUGUUCAGAGACCCACCUGUUCCUCAGGGAGGGCCCACCAGAUAUUAUCACUCAGCCAUCUGAACGUUGGAAGUUGGUGAGAAGCCCAUAA